AUGUAUAAUGAUGAAAUAAAAAUUAUAGAAAAGGAAUAUAAAGCAUUUUAUUUAAAAUUCGAAUAUAUAAAUCAAAACACAUUUUGUAUACAUCUUAAGAAAGAUGAAAUUAUAAAAGAAGCAGAAGAAAAACAAAAAAAAGCAGUGGAUGAGGACAUAAGUAAAGAAGAAAAUAAACAAAUCAUAACAGAUGAUAAUACAAAACAUAAAUUUCUAUUAUCAAAAUAUACAGGAAAGGAAAAUAUAUUAAUAUUUUAUAUCAAAAAUCAUCCAAAUUAUUUCGAAAUACUAAAUAAUACUUCAUAUCAUGAUAUAAAAUUUUUUGAAAAUAUUGAACAACUUUUUAAUGUAUAUUGUCCUUUGUCAUUUAAAAAUUUUAUAUGCCAAAAAAUUCACGGACAAUUUAAUAAAAAUAAAUAA